AUGUCCAACCACUCGCAGGUUGUGAGUUGAACAAGCAUUCAAUUUUAAAAAGCCAUUCUGGUCGUCCACGGAUUUUUUUGUUAUUGAUUUUUCUAAAACUUGAAGCUCAAUAGGCCAUUUCUUUAUUGCGCUAUGAGAAAAACAGACAGCAACGAAUACUGGAUCAUGAAGAAGCUUUUCUUAAACAUUUCGAAUACUUUUUCUAUAUGAACAGUAAUUACCAUUUAGACAAUUAUCAUCAUGAUAAUAACUGCUAUUUGGCUAUAUCAACAUUUUUGACGCAUUUCAUAUUUCAAAUCAGCACUGAUAUUUUAUAUAUUUGAAAUAUGUAAUGAGCUUGCAUGAAUUCUGAAGAAACUUAUAAAGAAACAGGUUUUCAAGUCUUCUUGUGGCUAACACCGUUCAGAGCAUCGUUGGAGGCGACCAAAAGUACCGCAGGCGCAGUUCCCUUCCACAUUUGUACGGGAAUCCAGCCCGGUUGUUCUCCAGCCAGCAGACAAAUAGCAUCAACCGUAGGAGGGGAAGAGAGACAGACUCGUUCAGGCUAAUUGUAGCAGCCAGCAUUCGCAGGUGUAACACUGAUCCGCCUGUGUCUGGAACUGGGGUAUAAUCUUGAAAAGCCGUCCAAAGUAUUGAGAGUGAAAAAACUGGGAGAAUGUUGCACCAAGUACAAUGAGCGCCCAUUUGUCGCAGACACACAAACCCACAUAUGACUCCGUCGAAUUCAAAUUUGAUGAGCAACACUGAAGCGUCUUUGGAAUCUUAAAAAGUGGAUCCCACGACUUUACAAUCAUGCGAAACACUUGGUUGUCUGCCCGGAGUUCGAUUGUGGAAUACUGGACAUCGGCCAUUCUAUGUCUCUUUUGGAUUCAGUACUCUUGUGGGAUGCCUCAUGUCAUUCGAAUAGGGGGGAUUUUCGAACAAACAGAGGGACCAGUGCCGCUCGUCAGCCCAGAGGAGCUUGCCUUUAAAUUUGCAGUGAACAACAUCAACAGAAACAGGACUUUAUUGCCCAACACGACGUUAACAUACGACAUACAGAGGAUUAAUAUCUACGACAGUUUUGAAGCGUCGAGAAAAGCCUGUGACCAACUGUCUUUAGGUGUAGUGGCAAUAUUUGGGCCGUCACAUAGCUCGUCCUCAAACGCCGUCCAGUCCAUCUGCAAUGCGUUGGAAGUGCCACACAUCCAGGUGCGAUGGAAACAUCACCCUAUGGACAACAGGGACACAUUUUACGCCAACCUGUACCCGGAUUACUCUUCUCUCAGCUACGGCAUCUUGGAUUUGGUGCAGUUCCUGAAGUGGAAAACAGCCACAGUCGUAUACGAUGACAGUACAGGUCUUAUUAGACUACAGGAACUGAUAAUGGCCCCCUCCAGGUAUAACAUCAGGCUAAAAAUUCGCCAGCUCCCUCUUGACGGUGAGGACACCAGGCCUCUCCUCAAGGAGAUGAAGAGAGGACGGGAGUUUCGCAUUAUUUUCGAUUGCAGCCAUGAAAUGGCUGCACAGAUCCUUAAGCAGGCCCAGACAAUGGGAAUGAUGACAGAAUACUACCACUACAUCUUCACCACUCUGGACCUCAUGGCUAUCGACCUGGAGCCCUACCGUUUCUGUGGCGUCAACAUGACCGGCUUCCGCAUCCUCAACGUGGACAACCCUCAGGUGGCGUCCAUCGUUGAGAAGUGGUCACAAGAGAGGCAGAUACCUCCCAAGCCCGACUCGGGUCUCCUGGAAGGGAUCAUGACGACAGAUGCUGCUCUGACGUACGACGCGGUCCACAUCGUGUCCGUCUCCUACCAGCAUGCACCACAGAUGACGGUCAACUCGCUGCAGUGCCACCGCCACAAGCCAUGGAGGUUCGGCGGGCGCUUUAUGAACUUCAUCAAAGAGUCUCACUGGGAAGGCCUGACGGGGAGGCUGUCGUUCAACAGGACCAGUGGCCUCCGCACAGACUUUGACCUGGACAUCAUCAGCCUGAAAGAAGAGGGCCUGGAGAAGGUGGGGAAGUGGAGUGCUUCCGGAGGUCUCAACAUCACCGAGGUCCCCAAGCGGAAAGGGUUGAACAUCACAGACUCGCUGGCCAACCGUUCCCUGGUCAUCACCACCAUCCUGGAGGAACCAUAUGUCAUGCUUAAGAAGUCUGACAAGGCACUGGUGGGCAAUGACCGUUUCGAGGGAUUCUGUAUCGACCUGCUCAAGGAGCUGGCCAGCAUCCUGGGAUUCACCUACGAGAUCCGCCUGGUGCCUGAUGGGAAGUACGGAUCGCAGGACGACAAGGGCCAGUGGAACGGCAUGAUCAAGGAGCUGAUGGAACACAGAGCCGACUUGGCUGUGGCCCCUCUUACCAUUACCUACCUGCGUGAGAAGGUCGUGGACUUCUCAAAGCCCUUCAUGAGCAUGGGCAUCAGCAUCCUGUACCGCAAGCCAAACACCACCAACAACGGUUUCUUCUCCUUCCUCAACCCCAUGACCCCUGACAUCUGGGUCUACAUCCUGCUGGCCUACCUAGGCGUAAGCUGUGUUCUCUUCGUCAUCGCCAGGUUCAGUCCGUACGAAUGGUACGACGCCCAUCCCUGCAAUCCCGGAUCCGAUGUGGUGGAGAACAACUUCACCCUCCUUAACAGCUUCUGGUUCGGUGUGGGCUCCCUCAUGCAGCAAGGCUCUGAGCUGAUGCCCAAAGCCCUGUCCACCAGGAUCAUCGGAGGCAUCUGGUGGUUCUUCACCCUCAUCAUCAUCUCCUCCUACACGGCCAACCUGGCCGCCUUCCUCACCGUGGAGCGCAUGGAGUCACCCGUGGACUCUGCCGACGACAUCGCCAAGCAGACCAAGAUUGAGUAUGGUGUGGUCAAAGACGGUGCCACCAUGUCUUUCUUCAAGAAAUCAAAGGUGUCUACUUUUGAGAAGAUGUGGGCCUUCAUGAGUAGUAAACAGAGUACGUCGCUUGUCAAGUCCAUUGAGGACGGCAUCCAGAGGGUUCUGAAGUCUGACUAUGCCUUGCUCAUGGAGUCUACCACAAUCGAUUACAUUACCCAGCGGAACUGCAACCUCACCCAGGUUGGAGGCGUCAUUGACAGCAAAGGCUAUGGAAUAGGCACUCCCAUGGGCUCUCCAUACCGGGACAAAGUGACCAUCGCCAUCCUGAGCAUCCUGGAAGAUGGCCGUCUGCACAUGCUCAAGGAGAAGUGGUGGAGCGGCAGCAGCUGUCUGGACGAAGAGCGCCGUGAGAAAGCCGGCCCCAUGGGCAUUCCGAACCUGGGAGGGAUCUUUAUAGUGCUGGCGUGUGGCCUGGUUCUCUCCGUCUUUGUGGCUAUAGCCGAAUUCAUAUACAAGCUAAGGAAGACGGCGAAACGUGAGCAGGUCUUUCUGCAGUGCCAUGGUGGACGAGAUCAGACAGUCGUUCACCUGCGGGACGCGUGUGAAACACAAGCCCCACCACCAGGUCCCGGUCAUGGUCAAGACGGAUGCAGUGAUCAACAUGCACACGUUCAACGACCGACGACUCCCGGGAAAGGACAACUUGAGCUGCAACACUGGGAUGACCCCCGUGUUCCCGUGACAGUUUGCGCCUCCCAGAGAAAGAGCCUCCUGAGCAAUGUGGAGGGCAUGAUUGGUCCCGAAACCUGGGACAAUGGAAUCGAGGGGAUCACCAGAUUCACCAUCAACCACAGCGACAUAGGGACACUAACGAAACAUGGAACACUAUCUAAACAUGGUACUAUCAAAAUGGCAGCAUCGGCGACACAGGUAUGACAACGUUCACCCAUGUAUUCCAAAAGAGACAGAAAAAGAGAGAGUGAGGUGGAGGAGAAGAACCAUCUCCAAAUAAUCUGUAUUCAAGUCCGAUGUUUACGUACGUAACACAAAAUAUACACUCACCAAGGAAUCACAAGAUAUCCAAGGAAUCCUUGAUUGACAACAAAGAUUCAACCUUUUUAUUGGACAUAUGGCAUAAAGACAGAGUUGGCUUCGUUGAGCAUGGCAAUAAAAGAACUACAGACAGACAUGGGAAAUGGGGUUUUGAUGGGAGAUCAGUUAUGUCACACAUAGCACAUCACGAUCAUUCAAAGUUCUGACGAUUCUUUUUUAUCUUGUCUGGAGGUCCUUUGGCAGCAGAAAAUUAUGUUACCUCAAACCUUGUACAGACAUAACAUUGGGUUCUUGAUUUGCUCUCUUUGAGUCACUGUCUAUUUUGUGGGAGGCGUUUAUAAAUGCAUGGCUUGGACCAUCGGCCUGUUAUAAUUCCACUACAAUAAACAUGUCCUUAGUACAUGCAGAUGACAGCAAUGGAAUCCGAACAGUGAGCAAAUCCCAUAGUAAGAGAGAGCAUUGGUCACUCAGUGAACUAGGUUCGCAGAUUAUCUUUAAUUGACGAAACAUUACUGUUCAAAGAGAGAGAGAUAUCACUGAAGCUAUCCCGAGAUUUUAAUGGGGAGACGUUGAUUUAUUGUUAAUGAAUAAUGAAUGAAAUGAAUGAACAUUUCCACAUGGUGCCAUUUUGUUAUUGUGACUAAACAAAAUGUAGGGCCCAAUUUGUAUGUGCUUCACCACGUUACUUUCAGACAUAUGUUUUGUGGACGUUCAGAUAAUUUAGUAUGUGAAAAAAAUGAAGAACUAGCCAAUUGCCAAAGAUAUGCCCGUAAAAUAAAACUAAACAUUGGAUGAAUUUGUCAAUUAAACUAUGUUAAAGAAGAAUAACCAUGGCUUUUUCCCUCUUUACAACACAGGGUAAUGUGUUUCUAUCAGAUGUAAUGACUUUGUGUGAUUGAUAAGAUGCCCCAAAAAACAAAUAUACAAAACCCAUGGGAUAAUGAACGAGGAGUGAUUUGCUUCAACGUAUUCAUGUACCAAAAUGCAAGUACAUAACUUGAAGUGUUUACUCUUAUUUGGCUCCCAAUGAUAAACGGACACGAACCUCCUUAUAUUUAUUUGUUGCACUUACUAGUCUAUAUUGUCCUCUAAAAUAACUACCUGGUCUCAUUACUUUUUUCGACAUUUAUACGUUGAACAACUGUACGAUUUAGGGGUAUAAACUGAAUUGAUUUACUCAUAAAAGCAUAACAUAUUUAUGGUUAUGUUAAACCCAAUCAUACCAUUCAUGUUUGAGGGGUUAUGGUUAGGGUUAUAGUCAGCUAGCUAGUUAGCCAGCUAGCUUGGCUAGUUGGUUAUCUCUUGUUGGUUAUCUCUGCCCAUGUCCACUUAAUAAGCAGUUCAGAGAAAUGUGUCUACAUUGGCUUUUAGUUGUCUUUAAAAAAUCCAUGGCAAUAUAGCAUUUUCAGAGGGCAAUUAGCCAUCUGUUUCCAUUGUGCCAAAAUGUCUCUACAAUAAGGCCCCUCAGAAAUAGCCAUGUUAUAAUCGCACAGCGUCCAUUUAAUUGCUUUUGCUGCUUGCAAUGAAUUACCUUCUAACCCUUCUGACUGCUAAACAGACACUCUAAUCUAAAAAUGUCAGUGAUAUGAAAGAAAUGCAGAGAGCACAGUACAGAUGUACAGACUUCAUAGUCACUGUUUUUAAGCUGUUUGGUUUUAGUUCUGUAAUCGCAGGUGACUGUAAAUGACUUGGUUUAGUAGUGUGUUGGUCGGAGGACAAUGGACAAGAUACCGUAUGAGUAAGAAACAAAUGCUGUCAUCAUACUCUUCCUUCUAUGUGUGUUUACUUUGUGGCCACGGCAACAAUGAAUGUCCUUGGGACAAUUAUUUAGCUUAUUCUUGUUGCAGGCCCGAUCUAAAAGCUUUGUAGCAGCGUUACCGAACGCUAUGCUACCGUUACGGAAAUGAGAUAGAGCUAGCCUGAGUGGCUGACAAGACCCUUUGGUUUUGGUUUUGCAUAUGAUUUUCAUACUGUGCACUAGAGAUAGAUAUAAUUCAAUUAGUCAAUAUCAUGCUCAGAUGAUGAGAUGAACAAACAGACGGAAGAUCUGAAGUUUGGUUUUUCUGUGUUUAUGUCGUCUGUAACGCCUAUAAACUGUAUAUCUGCAAUGAGUAUUGAGCUGUAGGAUGCUAGCAGUCUAUGUGAGCUGCCGGAAUAGGGAGCUGAAGAGACAGCAUACCUCUGUGAGGUUUACAAUAUUGAUAAAAAAAGACAAACUAUCUUGGGUUCCUUUUUUCAACAUUAACAAUGUAAAGAUUCAAGGAAACUUAAAUCUGUGUGACUUAUUAUCGGUUUGGUAGAAACUCUUUGUAUAAAUGUUAAUCAACUCACGUCUGCAAAGUAGAGUACAUGUAGAUAAGGUGAACAGGAGACAAUGUAUUUUGCUACAUUUUUACAGAUAAAUACAUACAUUUUUGUUCUCAGCCAAACACAAUUUCUUAAUUUAAAUUUGGUUUCACAUGCCACGUUAACCUGUACCCCACUCCCACUUCCCCAUCCUCCAUAUUAAUUUAUUCGAUUGGAAUGGAUUAUAAUAUAUUAUAUUGGAUUAGGAUCAUCAAGAGCAGAAUAUUAUAUGUAAAUCUUAUUUUAUCGCACCUAAUAUAUUGAUAUGAGGUGUAUGUGACGUUGUAAUAUUGAAUUCCCCAAAACUGUAGAGGAAACUCAUUUAGAAUAGAUUUUGUAUGAUCUAGCUGGCUCUUUUCUUCUCUUUUGAAACCCAUGAUGCAGUUGGGCAAAGACUGGUUGUUACACUACAGGUUAGACUGGCUUCCAGUUGAAUUCCCCUUUGACUGCAAACACAAGGUACUUUAAUGUUUUUUUUUGUCAAUCCACAUACUCUCCGAAAUAAUUGUGGUGAAAAUGGACAUCAGUGAUCCAUUUUAAUAAAAUUAUUUGAAUUUACUACCAAGAUUUUAGUUCAGUUAAUUCAAUCAGUCCCAGUUAUUAAGCAUACUGUCUUUUUUAUACCAAAAUGUGAAUCCAGUUAUUUUACAACAUUUUAUGAAAUCUAAGAUAAAAAUAAUGAAAAAAAUAAAAUGACACAUAAUAUGUGCAGUAUGUGGUAUGAGUUAGAAUGAGUUACACUUUAUUCAGCAAUCAAACAGUCACAGCGCUAGGUAUUUAUUUAUGUCUGGUUUUGAGUUGAGGUGAGCUGAGCUGAGCUGAAUUGUCUGCUUCUAUCGUUUGACAGGAGACCUUUCAAAUAAUAGGGUUAAUAUGUUGGUGCCGACCAGGGUUUUCUUUGUGGACAUGCAGAAUUUCUAUGAAUAUAGUUUUUUGUAACGUUUUGUAACAUUUUCUGUUUACCUAAUAACUGUAUGUGUUAAGAGAAGACUAUUGUUAGAAUAACCAAGUAAAACAUGGGGAAAUAUAAAAUCAUAGAGAAGCUAUUGCGUUAUUUUCUUUUUAACACACUGUGAAUAAUUCAAUUGUACAGUUUGCUGUAUGGGUUAUAUGAUUUUAAAGUUUUAAAUAAAAAAUGUAAAACUACA